CAGGAUAGACGUCUUUCACUCGUGCAAUCACCUGUCAAGCUCUGUAAACUGCAUAUGAUGUCGGGCGCAGGCGGUGGACCUUACGGCCAUUAUGGCUCCGGGGCAGGUGGAGGCGUUGGUGAAGGAGGGACUACCGGCGUUGGCGGGGCCAUGGCGCGGGAGCUAAGCGGCGUGACUUAUUUAUGCGGAGAUUGUGGUGCCCAGAACGUGAUAAAAAACAAGGAUCCAAUUCGUUGCCGGCAGUGCAACCAUAGGAUUAUGUACAAAAUGCGGACGAAGCGCGUGGUGCAAUUUGAAGCCCGAUAGGAAAAUGGGAGAGGAAGUGACAGACAAUCAAGCUGCAACGUUUAAUUUUCUGGGGAGACGAAAUUUGUACAGCAAAAAUGCCUGAGUGAAUGCGUGUGGACAGCUGCCUGGAGAGGAUGCGAUGGCUUCAGUUGGAUGAUUGAUUGCCUGGCUUUAGUGUUGAAUGUGCUGCCAUGAAACGCACGAUUUGUGUUCGGCGGAAAGUAUCAGGAAAGCAACAUACUAAGCAUUCAAUUAUCUUUUACCGACGAUUCGA